AUUAAGUAUUACUCAAAACCACCACCACUUUGUACACAACACUUGGGUAAUACUAAUAUUGAUACAAUGUCGAUUGGAUCAGUGUACGAAACCGCUUACAAAGGAGACUUUAAUCAAGUUAAAGUUAAAAUUGAUCAAGAUGCAACCUUAAUAACAACUGCGGAUUCGAAUAAUCGCCUCAUCAUUCAUUGGGCAGCUCUGGGUGGAAAUGAGAAUUUGGUUGAUUUUAUAAUCCGCUCAGGAAGUCCUAUUGAUCCAGUGGAUGACACUAGUUCUACGCCUCUGAUACUAGCAGCGUCGGCUGGAAAAUUUGAGGUUGUUCAACUACUUAUUGGUAAAAAAGCCAAUGUCAAUCAUAAGACAGUCCGGGGUCAGACUUCAUUGCACUAUGCUUGUUCUAAGGGCCAUAAAGAUAUAGCAAAGUUGCUGUUAGAGGCGGGAGCCAAUGUAAAUGAGGCAGAUGUGUUGCAUGCUACUCCCCUACAUAGAGCAGCAUCUCUGGGCAGAAACAACAUAGUUGAGCUGCUGUUAAUCCAACCAGAAAUAAAAGUAGAUCUUGAAGAUUCUACAGGCUGCACACCUUUACAUUUAGCAUGUGAAGAAGACAGAGAAUCAGCUGCAAUAAUGUUGGUUAAGGCAGGAGCUGCUUUAGAUAUCAUGAAUAAGGAAAAGAAAACCCCACUUGAUCUUUGUUCAAUUAAGCUCAGACAUAAUUUAAUGUCUCUUGUGGAAUAAUACUUUUUU